CUGAAAAGGGAGUGAGGAAAGUAAGGCAGGUGAGAGAGUAGAGGAGACAGCAGCAGAGCAGGAACGCGAAGGGCAUAUGAAAUAGCCUAGGCGUCUUCAGCCCAGUGUGGACCCUGCUCUCAGUGUGGACACCUGUAGACGACUUCAGAUCAGAGAAUGAGAUCCUGUCCCGAGAGGGGCUAAAACAGGAGCUGGAGGUCUGAACUCAGCACAGUGCAGACAGGUAGAAGCUGAGUGUGUGAGAGCUGCAGGUGCUGUUGGAGGAGCUGUUCCCAACCCACAGGCUCUGUCUGACAUUGUGCUGCCCGGGCACCGGCCUGCUGUCAAGGAAUGCCAAGGGGAGAGUAAUAAGAGGGAGAACAAACAGGAGCAUUGUGCACUGCAGGCAGAUUGGACAUAACGAAAGCAUAAAAGAGAGGCCGUGCCUAUAAGAUGGAUUCAGGGCCGAUGUUGUGGCACACCCAGGUGGCUCCUCUGGAGGGGGACGUGGAGAAGGGCCCUGAGCUGCAGUGCUCUAUUUGCUUCAACACGUAUGACAACGUCUUCAAAACGCCCAAGCAGCUGGACUGUACCCACACCUUCUGCCUGGAGUGUCUGUCUCGUCUCAUGGCCAUAUCAAUGGACCCUCAGGAGUCCAAGAUUUCCUGCCCGUUCUGCCGACGCCCCACACUUAUCCCAAAAAAUGGACCCCCAGCUCUCACCACCAGCCAGGAGGUGCUGUGCCGCCUGCCCAUUCACCAGCAGCAGGAGGAGCCCGUGUGGCUGGAGGGCGAGAAGCUGUGCUAUAAGCAACUGCUGGAGACCGGCAUGCCGGCCUUCUGCAUCUGCAUCGAUAUUGGAGCGAGCGGACAGGCUGGAGUUCCUCCAGCUCAGACCCGCUUGAGGCCAGGCCUGCUGGAGCGGCUGACUGACUGGAAGAAGCUGCUGCUCUUCAUCAUCAUAAUGGUAUUGUUGGUGGUGAUUGUGCUUUGGCCCCUGCAGUGUAUCGUAACAACGGGCUCCAUGCGCUGCAUACCGAGGCCCCCAAGGCCCCCGGUUAGCACACUGGCCCCUUUCACAAUGACCCAAGCAUAAUGGACACCAAAGGAAUGUAAACAAACUUAUUAGCAUAAAAACUGUUCCUCUUACACUCCAGAGACUUGGACCCUAAUCCACCAUGGACAAAGCACAAACUAAGGGUUAAUGGUAUUACUGAGUUGCUGAGUUCCAAAAGCAUCUGUCAUUUUAAGGCCUUUGGAUAAACUAAGCUGUGAUGACACAAAAUGACAUUUGAAUCAAUGUUGUCUCAUACUGCAAAGACACAAUGUAUUUUAUACAAUACUGUGCAGAAGACAAUUUUUCAGGAUAUGUUUUUGAUGAUAUUAGAUAUAAGGUUCCCUCCAUUUGCACAAGGGAAGGAAAAGUUGAAGAAAAAACAGGAGUUUCCAAAACUGGUCUUCAAAAAGAUUGCUAAAAGAUAUAGGGAAAAUGAAACUCCUAACAACCAUAUAAGAAGAUAACCCAGUACUGUAUGUGUAGUAUUCAUUAAGUUGUUACUGAGAAGAGGAAAUUUGCUAAUCAAAUCUAUCAGCUUCUCAGACUGACCUUUGGAGGUAGACAAACAUGCCUGCAGAAACUGAGAAAAUGAAAGCCAGUGUUCCAUAAUGAAUGGAAGCAGGGAAAGGGGUGGACACAAGUCAAAGGUGGUCCUGGACAGUUCAGAUCCAACACACUUGGCUGUUAUAUUCAGAAGCCUCUGAAACCCUUCAUUACCUGGAUCAGGUGUGUAAGAUUAGUGUUGGAGCUGAACUCUGCAGGUUGAUGCAUCUCCAGCACUGGGCACAGCUGCAGUGAAUAGUGAAAAAUGAAUAUCAUGUUUCCUGCUUUCUUCCUGACAAAAUGAAUAACUUAAAAACUGGAAAUUGAAUAGCUAAAGUGUGGUCUUUCCCUUUUGUACAGUGCUGUAUGUGCUUGCUGUAUCCUACUGACUGCUGUAACACAGAUAUCUUCACCAUCCCUCCCUGAGAGACCCAGCAGUGGUUGUGCUUGUGUGCCUCUUUAGCAUAAUGAGACUCAUAUUCGUCUUCAAAAAGCUCCUGGAGAGCAGACAGUGCUGGAGCAAGAAACAGAAUGCACUGUCCACUCUGAACUGGACUGAGUUGAUUUUAUGGGACAGAUGAGAUCAUGUGUAGUAGGGCCACUUUUUUGUGCGAUGUAAACAAGUCUAAUACAGGACAAGAGAUGAGCUAAGAAUAAUGCUUAUCUAAGAUCUACAUACCAGUGACCAAUGUUUGCACUUUCCAGAAGUAUUCACAUUACUUUAUAAAUCAUAAUGUUUGAUUUUAGAUAUCAACGUGACUUAGUUGGUAGAUAAUUGUAAGGUUGACCAAUAUGAUGACAGACAUGCCAGCUGAGUGAUUAUUUGUAGAAACCAGAUAAAUGUAGCUACAGUAAUCAACAGGUGGCUCUUUAUAAAGGAAAUUUCUGCCAACAUACAUUAAAAGGUUAUAUUAACUUUUUAAUAACACUAUGAAUGUCUUACCAUGCAGUUUAUUUGCUAAAGUGUCAUAACCCCUUUCUACAAUUGUAUAUACAUUGUACAGUGUCUGAUUGCUCUGCAUUAUGGAAUACAUUAUAUUUUUGUUUAGAAAAAAAAAUAAAUGUUGAUGAACAUGAA